AUUGUUGCUUCCAAUCUUAUCGAAGCCUGUCUCGGCUACCUAAACACACACAAACGCCUAUGAGACAAAUUCUUGUAACCAUUUUGCAAAGCCUAAUGAAACUGUAAUCCAGUGCCCUGUCAUCAUUCAGUAAGCAACAAAUAUGUACUUCAAUUUAUGUAGUAAGGAAUGACCUAUAGAAAAAAAUGUUAAGGCAGAUAGGACGAUUAUUAUUUCAAAUGUAAAAUUCCUAUUUUUGGCGAAAAAUUAUAUGAAAUAUUGCAAUGUCGUAUGUAUUAUUGGAACAAACCGUGACGACUAAAAAUUACGAUAAUAUCAUCAAAAUAUCCCACCAAAAAAAUAAUGGCUGGUAGCCAUACUUCGUCAUAUGAUAAGCCCGAUACAUAAUAAAAAUAGAAAAUAUACACGUAAACGAAUUACUUCGUUUAUUGUACAAUACAUUUACCAUGGAUUUCGGGAUGGCUUAUUUGUUGCUUUUUAAUUUUGUUGUGUUUUUAUAUAAAACGAACUUGUCAUAAAAUCUGUAACAUAUAUUAUUCAAAAACAUAUUAUUAUGUAAGAUAUUGUUUUUGUAAAAAAUCCAACACAUUUUUAUGAUCUUUUGAAGAGCAAUUUUUGUUUGCUUUAUAUAAAUGUUGAAAAUGUUGAGUCCAUAACUUAGUAAAAAAAAACGUUUCACAGCUUGGCUCUUUGAUGCAACAUCUGCGCAUGUUGUAGAUUUUCAAACCGCGUGCACCUUGUUAUCAAUGAGGAGAACGAGAUGGAUCAUACUACGGGUCGAUAGGGUUGUAAAUUUUCGGUUUUUCCUAUAUAUACCAAGGCUGAUGUCGCGAGAAGCUCGCAGUAGCUCCCGGUACAUUACCACGAUUACUCGCUUUUGCCAGGGAUAUUUCACCCUUUGUCUGGUGAUAUGUGCAGUGCUUUAAACGGUCAAAAUUGGUUUGUUUUGUGUUCAAGUGUUAAAACAUUCAGGUAUAGCUCAAGUGAACAGUGAUUUAUUUAGUCCAUUUUAUACCAGUGAAUCAAAAUACGUAGUGGGAAUUUAAAAAUAACUGCCCAUGAUUAUGUUGCUUAAUUUUCUUAAAUUGAGUUAUUGUUGUCUAAAAAUUGUUCCACGAUCGGAUUAAGAUUAACUGUACGAAAGUUUAUUGUGGUUUUAUUUCUGUACGCGAACUCGGUAAAAAGUAUCAUGGCUCACAAUUGCCGCCUUGGGUCAAGACUUCGUGCAUCAGUAGCAAUAAUUGUACUCAUAUCUAUAUGUUUAAAACAAGUGCAAGGAUCUUGUCUAAGUUACGGACAUUCAUGUUGGGGAGCACACGGUAAACGGGCGGGUCCACCGGGACGUACGGCUUCUGGUGAUGCUGUACAGUUUCAACCACAGCCGCUGCUGGACCAAUCCAACUCACUCCCUGCUGCUUUAACUGGCGCGGAACGGUGGGCUUUGGUCAAAGUUCUCCCAGAAAAGAACGCGUAUUAUCCAUUUAGCAAACUGAUAUAUUCACCACCGGUUGCGGCAGCGGGUUCGUUUUUAUUCAACGACGGUUUAGGCUCAUCUGGACCAGAUUCUUUGAGAGUUGGAAUGGAGUCAAGCAACAGUGCCGAAGGAAGAUUGCCUGAAAUCAGCAAUGACUCCAAAACGCUAUCAUCAACAGAACAGGAUGUAGUACUUGGAGAUGAUCGAUUAAUAUCGGCAGUUACCUCUCCGAACAUGCGUCGCAGGGAUCAUCGGCAUAAGAAAAAACCGCAACCAAUGGCUAUACAUCCUCGAUAUGGUGGACACGACGAUGCAUUUGACGAGAACAUGAGUGUUGCCCGAAUCCUUGCGCCAAACGAUGACGAUGUAAGUCAAAUGUUGCUGCUUAAUGCAGCCGUGGCCGCUGCAGAGACUAUGUCCGACAAUGACGUUUCCGCUGCAAAUGCACGGUUCAAUCGAAAGCUGUUCAACGGAAACACGAAAAACCCGAUCCUACUAAACGCAUAAUUUAUCGAAAUGUUAUCGAAUUAAUUACAUUCAAACAGACGCAACACCAUGCAGUGUCUGGGAUUCAAGAGCAAUGAGCUAAAGUUCAGUUUCGGUUACGACAUUUGAACAGUACAUUCUGCUAAUUAUUAAUAGUUUCAACAACAUAAUUAUUUGGCAUUACUUCCCGGUUAAUCGUCAUACCAGGCUGUUUGUGCGAUGCAAACUCUUAAACUACGAAGUACUGUACUGUGUCACACGCAAUUCAAAGCGUAUACUUUUAUGCCCUUGGAUUAGACGUAAGCCCUUAAUCGGGUGCUAUCGUUGAACUUUAUCGCCUGUUUUACCAUCCCUCGCAUCGCUUCACGUGCUCAUAUUUUACGCACAUGAGUCACUGGGAAGACGCCAGUAUUACAGUGGAAAUGACGAUCUCAUCACCAGUGGAUAGAUAUUGCCAAACUUUACUUCUGUUUGCGCUGGGGCUGGGAAUUUGGCAAUGUUCAUCAAUGGCUGGAUUGGUGAUAGAUAUUCAUUUUACUUGCAUAAUGUAUUACAGAGACAAUUAUGAAAUAAUUCGAAAAUGUGAAGCACCAGAGCCCGAUAACAGAGGCCACCUAUAACCUCUAUGUUUGUGUCGUUCAUGGGGAUGGUUUACGAAGGAACCGUGUUUUCCCGUGCAUAAUUCGGGAGCUGUUAAUCCAACAUAAAUCCUCACAAACAUACACUCAAUUUGUAUAUACACAUCUUAGUCAAUAAGCAGGGAUUAUAGAGAGUCAGAUAUAAAUGUAAAAAAAUAUACUUCAAGUUUAAAAUUA